AUGUACCCACCCAUUGGCCUGAGCGUCGGCCCCUCGAACCGCCCCUUGUACUCUCGCCGGAAAUACGUAACAGCUUCCGGUCCAAAUGCGGGAGGAGCAAAAUUGCGCAAGGUCCUAGUCGGAUUGAAGAUCGUUCUCCCGCCCCCCGGGUAUGCGAUGGGCGAAGUGAUUCGUCGCGGAUUCAUCCGAAUCUCGGCGCUUGAUGUGACUCUAUGA